GUUCAAGUUCAGCCGAAAAGAAAUUCUGGCCAGGGAAGCAAGGGUCUGCUGGAUUAUGUAAGGGUCAUCCGCCCAAACGUGAGCCGAAACCUCUUUGCGUCAAGGUGCAAGGAGUGAAGACCUCCAACCGCCGUUGCCUCGAUUUUCGUCCUGUCCAGAAUGCCCACUCCCAAGGACACUGCCCGAACUAUUCGUUUGCGAGAGAACAAGCGCCGUUCUCGGGAACGUCAGAGGCAAUACACGCUAGACCUCGAGCGGCGGUUGAGACAGUUCCAGCAAAACGGGAUCAAGGCGACUGUGGAAGUGCAAGCGGCUGCGAAAUUAGUUGCCGAAGAGAACCAGAACUUACGGAGCCUUUUAUAUCAUCUUGGCGUGGAUGACUCGGCGAUUGCCGGAUGGCUUGCGUUCCACGCGACAUCAAAAACUAUGACUGUUAUUACUGGCCACCAGGAGCGCCCGAAGGUCCAGGCUGCAGCUAGCACAUGCGCGUCAAACGUGGGGCUUGCCGUCAAUCCGCAAGCACAGUGCAACAGGGAGCAAGAGUCGAGCAAUAAUGACCCAAGCCUAACUGCCUGCGAGACGCUCUCUCCGCAUUCGAAUUCUCCUAGUCACAGUGACUGUGCUUAUGACAGGGCGCCGAUGGUCAUGAAACCAGCUUCAUCAUUCAGUGACACUGCAGAGUCAUCCCUUCCUACUCAGGGCAGAGUGUCCUCCAACCAACCUACGCAAACCAACCACGCGCAGCAUGCAGCUUCACCCUGCAAACUAUUGUCGCGCAUUACUACCGACUCUGCUGGGAAUACGUCGCAGGUGAUUAACCCCUCCGUGGAGGAGACAGAGCAUGAUCUUUCUCAGGAUGGGCUUUCUUGCUCCGCUGCAUAUCAGUUGUUGAUGCAACAUGCUACCAGCGAGGAAAAGAUUAAUUCUUUGGCUCGAACCCUUGAAGAAGGAUGUGUGCCUACCUCUAAGGGUGGAUGUAAGGUCAAAACAAAGACCCUGGCGGAGGCUCUGGUGAAUAUCUGUCUUUGAUGUUAAUCUGAGUUACAUGAGGGCAACGAAAAAACAUUACCAUGGUCUACUCUAAGGACUGUGGAUAUAAUAGCAAUUUUCUGGCUUUAGGUAUUCUCUCUUGAAGGGAAGUGUGGUCACUUUAGGGUUAAUGCCAUCCGCUUGAAGAAGACGCUAUGAUAGCUCUUCCCAACUAACAACAUUCUGAUGGUCACUCUUACCUGCCUUG